AGAGUGAGAGGAGUGAGAAACAGCCUUGCAGGCGCCAAGAUAUCAUUCCCUGCUGUUUACGGCAGCGCCCCAGAAUCUUGAAGGGAAGGAGAGACAAGCAGGAAGGAUAGACUGCUUUCUCCAUUGAUAGGAGAAAAAUCCCCAAGAGAAAGCCAAGGGCUGCCUUUGACCUGGAUUGGGAGGACCCAGAAGGCUGGCCUGCAGUGCUGCGGUGUAGGCAGAGCCUUUGGGACUGUCCCCUGCAGCCUCCAAGGCAGGCACGAAGUGGUUCCAUCGAAUACAGCCUCCUGCUGGCUGUGCCUGGAAACAUGGGGCCUGGCCAGGGAGACAAGGCCAAGGCCUCACUGACUGAUGGCAGAGAUGGAUGCUGAACACAAGGCAGAAGCAAUGGGGAUGGCGCAGAUGGUGUAAUCGUGGUAGCCCUGGAUUCGUGUACCAGGGCCAGAGCAAGCCCUGAGGAGAACUCAUUGUGAUGUCCCCUAAUGAGGGAGUGUGACUGUCUCAUGCAAUGGACUGUGACUGUGUUCCCCCGCUGCUUAUAUGCAGGCACAGAGUCCGAUCCUGCUGGCUGGUGCCCACACUCCGGCUGAGCGUUUACGUGAGGUCUGGAGUGAGGAGCAAGUUUGGCCUUGGUGCUGGUGUCGUGCCCUGGAAGUUGCUGCAGCAGCUCUCGGUGCCGUUCCCAGAGCCAUUGGAGCUUCUUCUGCAGUCCUGCCCGGUUCAGGUCACCAGGAGACCCAGGAGGAGCGCUUGAGGCAGCAGAGGUGAGCACUGCGGGGACAGAUCCCCCUGGGCAGCUGGAAGAGCUUCCUCCUUGAUGACCUGGAGAUCUCUUCCAGAUGCCCCUCCCUCAGAUAGCACCUGACCAGGGCCUCUCUGCCUUCUGCAGUGUGACACCUGCUGUGGCACUGCCAGUGAGAGGAGCAGGCCACACCCCAUUGCUCUCCCCUGCCCCUGUCAGCAGGUGGAGAACAUGGCCACAGCGCUGGACAGUCGCUGCCCCAUAUGUCUGGACAGCUGGGAUGACGCCAGCUACGUGCUGCCAUGCCUCCACCAGUUCUGUUUUCGGUGUAUCCAGCGGUGGGCCGAGAGCAAGCCUGAGUGCCCCCUGUGCAAGAGGACUGUCAGCUCCAUUGUGCACUCAGUGCGGGCGGAUGACAAGUUUAAAGAAGUCACCAUCGCGGCGUCCGCAGAGGCAUCGGACAUCGGCCACCCAGCUGCCUCUGGCCCCCAGCACCCCGCAAGAUCCCAACCACAGGCUGCGGGCCUGCUGCCUGGGGCUCCUGUGGGCGGCCUCCAUCCCACCACCUGGGCCUUCAUCUUCCGCCUGUACCCGCAGGUCCUCCAGCCCCUGCUGCCCUGGCUGCGCCGCGAGCUGGAGCAGCUGCUGGGGGCUGACACCCAGGCAGCGUCUGAAGCGCAGCACCUCGUCAUCUCCAGCCUGCGCUUCUUCGGCCUAGACGAGGGCGCCCUGGCCCUGCUGCUGCGCACCUCCCUGCGAAGGCACACGGCUGGCUUUGUGCGCCAGCUCAUUGACACCUCUGCGCAGCAGUGCAGUGGGGAGGUCCACCGCCUGCUGGGCCGGGAGGAACCCCAUGCUGUUGCCUCCGGCCCCUCUGCCUCUCCAGAGGGGAAUCCUGCCCCUGGCCCUGUGCCCUCCCGCAGCCCUGAGGCAGCCAACACAGAGGAGCUCCCCAGCACCUCAGCAGCAGAUGCCCUUCGUGGGGGUCCCAGCCACCCCCUCUCUGCCCAGGAAGAGCCUCACGAGGAGCAAGGGGAGGCUGCGGCAGGGCCCUCCACUGCCAGCCGGGGCAGGGACCGCUCACGCAGGACGCCCCGGCGGCCUCCAAGGAGGAGGGCCAUCAGCUCCCAGGACUCUCUGCCAACCAAGGAGAGGCCACCCCGCCGCUGAGACGACAAGAGUGCCCCAGCAGCUGGCAAAACCAGGGCAGGGCCAGCAGACAGGGCUUCAUCAGCAGUAGGGGACCAGCGUGCUCUGCUGAGGACUUUCCGUCUUACCAUCUGGAAAGAAAAUAAAGACAUCAAAAUGACAGAUAAAGUCUCCUCGUGUCUCUGUACAGUCUCUGGUUUCGUCAUCCCCACCCCUGCUGCUUUCUCCCCACCACUUUCUUGCACUUCUGCUUGGCCCUAAGGCCAGGAGGGUCAGUCUGGAGGGAGAGGGCAUCCAACUGUGCUGCCCUUGGCUUGGCAGUGGGGGCCCUUAAUGUUGCCGGCUCCUUCUUCAUGUGCCGGCCACAAUUUCUUUGCUCCCCUUUGUUCUCGGAAGCAUGUGCUGCCCAGCUCUGGGCUGGCAGCAGGCCCCAGCGGAGGUGUCUCCA